AUGGAUGGCCGCUGGCCACGCCUGAAACAACACUCCUGGGGGGAACCGCCGUGCGAUAGCCGCCCUUCGGGGCGUGAUUCGCGCGGUACGGACCCUCCUUCCGACGGCCCUAUGCCGCAGCCAACCCCCGUCCGCAAGGGCGACCCGGUUGGAACAACUGCGCGCAGACCGGUCCAGGAGAACUUAGCGGGGGCAAUUGGACGGUCGUGCGUCUUUCCUGGUACGCCGGGGAGGCCGCUACGGCUGGGGGCGUAA